AUGGCCGACAAAGCAGCCUUUCAAGUCAUUGUCUUGGGACCAACGGGAGGACCCCGUGAAGACAGCGUCACCGGAAUUCUUGUCCGAUCGACCUUUACAAAGUGGUCGACAGACUCUGUAGUAGCUGUGGAUGCAGGUACCCUUCUUGCUGGAAUCAUCCGAUUGCUGGAGCGAUAUCUCCCCGAAUGCAGGGAUGAUCAGGGAUUGAUGACCGGCGGGCCCUUUCAGGGGCUCGAAUUGCCUUACCAAACAGCACAGGCAAAUGGAGCGCAUGUCUUUCGGGAAAUCAUUGGUGCGGUACUCAUCACCCAUCCGCAUUUGGAUCAUAUCUCAGGUUUAGCCAUCAAUACUCCGAUCUUGGAGGCGGGGGCUGGUCCAAAGCCGGUGGCUGCGUUGCCCUCGGUGUUAUCCGCUAUCAAAAACCACAUGUUCAACGAUGUCAUUUGGCCAAAUUUGUCGGAUGAGGAUGGCGGUGCCGGCUUACUCACGUACCAGCGCUUGGUAGAAGGUGGAAACCCUCGCUUCGGUCGUGGGGACAGCAGAGGCUAUGUCAGAGCAUGUAAUGGCUUGUUGACAAAGUGCCUUAGUAUCAGUCAUGGAAAGUGCAAACAACGGUAUCAUCCAGAAAGUGGUCUACAUCAUCGCGCUGGAAGCACUGUCUUUGCAGAGCAUUCGUUGAUGAUUCCCUCAAGGGCAAUCUCGGUUGACCAGACCGAUGGCAGUUUCUAUUCCCCUGCCCGCUCUCCUCGUAUGUUCCCUACUAACCCCAAGGAAAGCCCUUUGGCAACAGUGGAGAGUUCGGCAUUCUUCCUGCGUGAUCAUCGUACCGGAACAGAGAUCAUUGUGUUUGGUGAUGUCGAACCCGACUCUGUGUCUCUCGAGUCCCUGAACAAACGAGUAUGGGAGGCAGCAGCACCAAAAAUUGCCUCAGGCAGCCUGCGAGCCAUUUUUAUCGAGUGCUCCUACAACGACAGCAUCGACGAUUCGUACUUGUAUGGCCACAUGUGUCCGCGACAUUUGGUCUCGGAGCUCAGCGUGCUAGCCGCAAAAGUAGUGGAAGCACGCGAAAUGAACUCGCCGGAGAAAAAGCGCAAACGCGAAGUUGAAAUCCCGGUCAUUCCUGAAGCUCGCAGUGAACAAGUGAGCCCUCGGUCGAAACGAACCCAGAGUUAUGCCGAAGACAAGCGGCCGUCUGUUCCGCUAGUUGAACCACGUUCACACCCAAGCGAAUCCUUCGAGCUGCCUCACGUACCCACAGCUGCUGUGCCGGACUUGGGGGACGGUGGUGAUCAUGCAGAUAUGAUCGAAGAGCCGGAACUUGCACCUUGGGAUGAUAACAAGCCCCUCCCGCUGGAAGGACUGAAGGUUUACAUCAUCCAUAUUAAAGAGCAUCUCUCUGAUGGGCCGCCUCCUGGUGAUCUGAUUCUCAAUGAGCUGAAGGCUCAUGCGAAGGCGGCACAUCUGGGCUGUGAGUUCUUCAUCCCCAAUCCCCUCGAAGCAAUAUGGAUAUGA